AAACCUGGUAAAUUGGGGACAUUGAAACGCACUGAUUAUAUUCACGGCCACCAAAUGCGUGCCAAUAUGCCAAGUGGUUAGACCGGAAUCCCUCUUCAGUCGCUUCGAAACUAAAAACAACGAAGACAAACUCAUCUAGUCAAUGACCGCUUCAAUUCAAACUGACGUGAUCCCUUGAAAAACGUUGUCCGGCUUUAAAACAAUGUAAUAAGGUAGAAUUAUAUUAUUAUAUAAACAGAAAUCGACCAUAUUAUCGAACAGUCACUCAACUAAACUAAGCGACUGAUAGUGUUAUCGUGCAGUUGUUCCGUACACAAGAAAAUGAUUUUCACGCUUUCCAAUGGACUGCUGGACAUUUUCCUCGAUGAGGAAAUGGGAGUUUUAAGGGGGACUCUUAUAUUAAUCGUGGCUGGUUUCACACGAUUAGUAGGGUAUGUAGCACAAUUAGUGUCAUUUAUUACACAUCAUCCUAAAAGGGUGGAACGCUUACCUCCAAUAAACGACGAUAUACUACUCUGCACUGCGAAAGAAUUAGCAGAAAAAAUUAGAAAAAGAAAGGUGUCUUCCGAAGCAGUGAUACGAGCUUAUAUAAGACGUGUCAAAGCUGUAGAUCCAAUAAUUAAUGCAGUUGUAGAAGAUCGCUUUGAAGAAGCGCUAGAGGAAGCGAAGGCAGUUGACAAACUUAUCGCUAGCGAAACUUUUACGGAAAAGGAACUCCAAGUUCGAUAUCCUCUACUCGGUCUGCCGCUAACGGUUAAAGAAAGCCUUGCAGUAAAAGGAUGCAGCAAUGCAGCAGGUCAGACAAUCCCCGAAAGGCCCAAAGCGACGUCGGAUGCUGUAGUUGUGGAGAAAUGUCGAAACGCUGGAGCAAUACCAAUUUUGGUGUCCAACACACCCGAGCUUUGCCUGAAUUGGGAAACGUUUAAUAAGGUCACCGGUCGAUCGAAAAAUCCGUACGAUACCAGAAGAACAUGCGGGGGAUCUUCCGGUGGUGAGGCAGCCCUAAUUGCUUCGGGUGCUUCCCUGAUUGGAUUAGGUUCUGAUAUUUGUGGAUCUCUUCGACUGCCUCCACUCUUCUGUGGAAUUUGGGGGCAUAAACCGUCUCCACACGCGAUCUCGAUCGAUGGACAUUAUCCGUCUUGCGAUGACAUAGGUGUUUGGAAACGGUUUUUUGCAGUUGGCCCUUUGACUAGAUAUGCUUCAGACUUGCCGUUGAUGUUUAGAGUUCUGAUGAACGAAGAGAUGAACGAUCAUCUUAGAUUUGAAGAGCAAAUCAACGUAUCGGAUUUGAAGGUUUAUUUCAUGUUGGACGAUCACGGUUCAAUUCUGACGAACAGGGUGUGUCGACAUACGGUCGGUGCAGUACAGAAGGUAGUGCAAUUCUUGGGCGAGAAACACCUAUGUAGAACUGAGAAGGCCCAUGUACCAAAGAUGCGAUAUUCGUCAGAAUUGGGAUACAUAACGCUGUUAGAAAUAGAAAGCGUCGAUCAUUUUUUUAAAGAAAACGAAAAAGGUGCCAUAUUGGAAUUCUUCCUUUACUUCCUGUGCAUGUCGCCGUAUUCGUUCUAUUCGAUUUGCUAUUCGGUUUUAAGAUGCGUCAUCAAAAUGAUUUACACCAAAGGUUACAAGAGAGACCUCGAACAUCUGCGUCACCAAUUGAUGACAACCUUAGGGGACAAUGGCGUCCUAAUCUACCCCUGUUAUACAGGAACGGCCCAUUACCAUGGGGGAACUUUAGCCCGACUAUUCGAUGCCAGCUACAUGACCAUCUUUAAUGCGCUGGGAUUCCCAGCAACUAGCUGUACUGUCGGACAUAUUGAAGAGGGAAUUCCAAUUGGCGUGCAGGUGGUUGCCGCUCCCAAUAAUGACAAACUAACAAUUGCUGUUGCACAGGCGAUUGAGGCUCAUUUUGGAGGUUGGAAACCCCCGCCAGCUGACGUGAAGAACCCCGUCUGACUUCCCCUUUGUUUACAUUUAAUUUGUUCACAUAUUUGUUAUUUAUUGCCACUGAUAUUAGAAUUAAUUUU